AUGGAUCCAACAAAUGAUCCCGACUUUACACCUCCAUCGUUGAAAAAAGAUUUUGAACCAAUUGCCCCGCUGGAUAAGAUACCACAUAGCACUCCAAUCCAACCUUUCGUGAUGGAGGAUUUGGGAGCAGCGUUAGAUGGACCUCCGCCACACCCUGCGUCUUCAAACAGUAUCAGACCAGGGCCGGUAUCGUUAAAGUCACACGAUAGCAAUGCAGAUUCGGAGUCAAGGUAUCAUUCGAGAAUACCUCGAAAGCAUACAGAUUUGAUGAGCUCUUCAUCUGACGAGGAGAAUAUAGAUAUUGAAGUGCAAAAUAAUGUUAAAAGAGAGCCUGAAAUUUUACCUCCAACUUUUCAAGUGCAAUCGUCACAAAUUGCAGAUUUGGAAGAGGUUCCGCAUGGAAUUCAAAGACAAGCAACACACUUGGAGAAUUACCACUUCCCGACUCAUAGAUUAGCUACAACACUACCGGACGACUCAAAGUCACCAUUGGUGAUAGUAGCAUGCGGAAGCUUUUCGCCUAUAACCUACCUCCAUUUACGGAUGUUUGAAAUGGCCAUGGACGCCAUAAUGGAACUGACUAGAUUUGAAGUUGUUGGAGGGUACUUUAGUCCCGUAUCUUCAAACUACAAAAAACAAGGCUUGGCACAAGCGAAUCAUAGAGUGCGUAUGUGUGAAUUGGCAAGUGAAAGGACGUCCUCGUGGCUAAUGGUUGAUGCUUGGGAAUCGCUACAACCAAGGUAUACGAGAACAGCUUUGGUUUUGGACCAUUUCAAUGAGGAAAUCAAUAUAAAAAGAGGCGGAGUAAUGACAAAGACAGGACAGAGAAGAGGCGUUAAAAUAAUGUUAUUGGCAGGUGGAGACUUGAUCGAGUCGAUGGGAGAGCCAGAUGUAUGGGCGGACCAAGAUUUACACCACAUCUUGGGAAGAUACGGAUGUUUAAUUGUUGAACGAACAGGUUCAGAUGUGAGAAGUUUUCUCUUGAGUCAUGAUAUAAUGUAUGAGCAUAGAAAAAACAUUUUGGUUAUCAAACAAUUAAUCUACAAUGAUAUUUCAUCAACAAAGAUUAGAUUGUUUAUCAGACGGGGCAUGUCAGUUCAGUACCUUUUGCCAAAUUCGGUAAUAAGAUAUAUUCAGCAGCAUAAUCUUUAUGGUGACUCAGAGCCAGUUAAGCAGGUGAUGUCAGAGCGUGCAGAGUAA